AGAUGCCAGAGCACUUCACACCGUCUCAUCCCCAGACGCAGAGCAGCCCGAAAAACCGCUAGUCCACAGAAUCUGAAGAGAGGAAUCGCCGCACCGAUCGUCGAGAUGAAGUUAUUCGCCGCAACGAGUUUGCUAAUUACUCUCCUGGCCGCGGUCGCCGCCCGACCCGAACCCCCGGUGAACCAGUAUCUGCCACCGAAUCAACAGUUCAUUCCCUCCCAAAUACCCUCGGACUUUGUAGGAUCCAACCCGGCCCAUGGACCCGGAGGCAUUCAGUACUUACCGCCGAAUUCCAACACCUUUGGUGCCCACCAGGGAUACGACGAUGGUUCCAACGGCGAACCAGCGAAGUACGAGUUCGAAUAUACCGUAAACGACUUUGAAUCUGGGAACGAUUUUGGACACAGAGAGAACACCGAGGGUGGCGUUGCUCGUGGCAUUUACUACGUCCUGUUGCCGGACGGUCGCAGACAGACGGUGGAAUACGAAGCCGACGAGAAUGGUUUCCGGCCGAAGGUUACAUACACGGACGAAGGAUCCAGGGGCGGAAAUACCGGAGGAAACGGGGGCUACGGAUACUAGCUUCCUGAAGACGUCGUUCUUAAUUGUCACUCUGGACCUUUAGAAGUUUACAAAGUUAUUCAGGCGCUGGGUGAAGAUAAAAGGGAAAUUAGAAAGAAUUCGCGGUUUUUAUCCGGAGUGCUAUCGAAACUUAUAACAUCUGUCACACGUUGCCGGUUACUCAAUAGUAUCAUAUUCAGGAAAGACGAAUAUGGCGAUUACGAAAGAAAUUUACUCAAGCUGGUUAUUUUUUCUUGGUGUAUCUAUUCAAGCUGAAAGUUUAGCACUAUUUUUUUUUUAACCACUGUAGAAAUUUCAGAUUCAUUGUUUAGAAUCUUUUAGAACACUGUGAGAAACGAGUCCUCAAUUUUGAGGAUAUUUUAUAAAGAAAUCCCAAUCUUGCUCAAUCUUCUGCCCGUGCUGAUUUCAAUAGACUAAACCCGACAUUUUCAUCCCCCUUUUUCACCCGGCCUCCGAAUUACUGAUAAUACACAUACUGUGAUCAAACCAUUACCAAUAAUCUGAUAUAUAAACGAUGUUACACAUAUUGAACGCGUGAUGCGUUGGCGAAAAUCGGUUAAAGCCGGUCGACGGCUGUUGCAUAACGGCGUAACGUGAUCCACAUGUGCUUACACACACGGGGAAUACGCAUACAUAUAUUAUAACAUAUCCAUAUAUACAUUACACGCAUGAUAUAUUUUACACGAAAAGAAAUAAAAUUGAGUAAAAUAAAAAAAAAA